UUACCCAAGCCUCUCUCCACCGUCCGAUCACUCGCUAAAUUUUCAAAUCCCUCAAUUUCCCACAAAAACUCAUUUUUCAAAAGAAACCACUCUCUCCCCUCUUUUCUUCUCCCUCGCUCUCUCCAGAUUUUCUAACCUCCCAAACACCCUCUCCUAUCCCUAAAAUCUUGCCCUAGAAUUUGCAAUCAACUUCGAAACCCUAGAAAUUUCACUACAGGAACUCAGUUUCCUUCACGAACUCUAAAAUGCCUUUCUUACUGGAUACUGCGAGCGCGAUUAAGAGGCGGUUCGGGUUCCAAGACCAGUCCGUCUCGGAAUCCGUGCCGUGUACGCCAGAUCUACUGAAAUCUGUUUCUCGAGAUCAUCACCUUGCUUCCACCCAAUCUGUCUUUGCUACGUCAGCAGUCCGGAGAAUUAGUGACAUGGAUGAUGACGAUGAUCACGGUGGCGCUACAGGCUCAGAGGUGGCCGCGCCGCGUCACGCACAGAGCUAUGAGUUCUCCGAGGAUCCUUCCUUCUGGAAGGACCAUAACGUGCAGGUUAUUAUAAGGUUAAGACCGUUGACUGGUUCGGAAAUCUCUGUACAAGGGCAUAGCAAGUGCGUUAGGCAAGAAAGUUGUCAGACAAUUACCUGGACUGGGCAUCCAGAAUCGCGGUUUACUUUCGAUCUUGUAGCGGAUGAAACUGUUAGUCAGGAAAAAAUGUUCAAAGUUGCUGGAUUACCUAUGGUGGACAAUUGUAUGGGAGGCUACAACAGUUGCAUGUUUGCAUAUGGCCAAACUGGAAGCGGAAAGACUCAUACAAUGCUUGGAGACAUCGAGGGAGGUACUCGAAGACACAGUGUUAAUUGUGGGAUGACACCUAGAGUAUUUGAGUAUUUGUUUUCAAGAAUCCAGAAGGAAAAAGAGGCUCGUAAAGAGGAAAAGAUAAAAUUUACCUGUAAAUGCUCUUUCUUGGAAAUAUACAAUGAACAGAUUCUUGAUCUCCUGGAUCCAUCAUCUUCCAACUUACAGAUAAGAGAAGAUGUGAAGAAAGGGAUUUAUGUGGAUAAUCUUAAGGAGAUAGAAGUUACAAGUGCUCGAGAUGUGCUUCAACAACUCAUUCAGGGUGCAGCAAAUAGAAAAGUAGCAGCCACUAAUAUGAAUCAUGCAAGUAGUCGUUCUCAUAGUGUAUUUACAUGCAUCAUUGAGAGUAAGUGGGAAUCCCAAGGUGUAACUCACCAUCGGUUUGCUCGGCUUAAUCUUGUUGAUUUAGCAGGAUCUGAGAGGCAAAAGAGUUCUGGUGCUGAAGGUGAACGUCUCAAGGAAGCUACCAAUAUUAACAAGUCACUUUCAACAUUGGGACUUGUUAUUAUGAACCUUGUAAGUAUAUCAAAUGGGAAGUCUCUCCAUGUUCCUUACAGGGAUUCAAAGCUCACAUUUUUGCUUCAGGAUUCUCUAGGAGGAAAUUCAAAAACUAUCAUAAUUGCUAAUAUUAGCCCAUCUCUUUGUUGUUCUUUGGAGACGCUUAGCACAUUGAAGUUUGCACAACGUGCAAAAUUCAUCAAAAACAAUGCAAUUAUCAAUGAAGAUGCAUCGGGUGAUGUUAUUGUGAUGCGAAUGCAAAUUCAACAACUUAAGAAAGAAGUGUCCAGACUUCGCAGUUUAGUCAAUGGGGGUGUUGAAAAUCUAGAUAACGAUACUUCAUCUUUAAGCUGCCUUGGAUCUCCUGGACAAUUUCAGUGGGAAGGGCUUCAUGGUUCAUCUAGUCCGCUUAUGCCUGAAAAAAGGAUGUCUCAGAAGAAAGAUUAUGAAGUUGCCCUUAUUGGGGCCUUCAGGCGAGAAAAAGAUAAGGACAUAGCAUUGAAGGCAUUAAAAGCUGAAAAUCAAGCAGCUAUGCAACUGGCCAAACAAAGAGAGGAUGAGAUAAAAAGCUUAAAAAUGAUAGUACGAUUCCGAGAAGCUGGAGUAAAGAGGCUAGAAGCAGUUGCUGCAGGAAAGAUUUCGGCUGAAACACACUUGUUGAAAGAAAAGGAGGAACAUCUCAAGGAAAUUGAAGUUUGGCGAACCCAGGUUGACCGCAACCAAGAAGUCACAAGAUUUGCCACAGAAAAUUUGCGUCUGAAGGAAGAAAUUAGAAGAUUAAAGUCAUUCUGCGAGGAAGGUGAAAGGGAGAUGAUGAAUGAACAAAUCAUGGUUUUACAGAAUAAGUUACUAGAAGCACUAGAUUGGAAACUCAUGCAUGAAACGGAUUCCUCGGCAGUUCAGAAAACUAGCUUAGACAUGGAGACAGAAGUUCAGGAUGAACUACCGAUUUCAAUUCAGGAACCAAGAUCACCUUGUCAAUCUUCAAUUAAUGAGGAGAACGAGUUCCUCCGCAUACAGACUAUUCAAAACCAGGCUGAAAUUGACUUGCUCCAUAAGCAGCUGGAGUUCUGUUUUGAAGAGAAGGAUAGACUAGAAAGGCAUGUCAAUGAUCUCAUGAUGAAACUUGAAGAAGAGAGAUCUUAUAGAGCUACAAACGAGAGAACAGAGCAACUUGAACUUCCUUUAUCAACUGAUGCAUCAGUUGUCAAUGCCAAUGACCAAAUGGAGCUCAAAACAAUGGUUGACGCCAUUGCUGCAGCAAGUCAACGAGAAGCUGAAGCUCAUGAAAAAGCUAUUACAUUGUAUACGGAGAAUAAUGAUCUGCAGUUGAAGCUUGAAACAUUUAUUGUGGCAAAUGAAGAGCUACAGUCAAAACUCAAAGCAUUAAUUGAGGAAAAAAACAGUCUCAUUGAAAUGUAUGAACGGGCAGCUUCAAAAAGUAGCUACAACAAUGUGAACGAUUCUAAGAGUGAACAAAAUGGCAUGGAGGUUCGUGAUGAUGAUAAUAGUGCUGAGAGGGGACAAAAUGGCAUGGAAGUUCAUAAUAAUGACAGUGCUUCUGAACUUGCCAACUUAAGUGAGCUAGAGAUGAAAACAGUUGAGAACCUAGAGCAGCAGCGCAUGGAAUUGCAUGAAGAAAAUGAAAAGCUGAUGGGCUUGUAUGAGAUAGCAAUGCACGAGAGGGAUGAACUGAGAAGAAGGCUUUCUUCUUAUGAACAAAACAGAGUUGAAUCUAGAGGAGAACUUCAUUGCUCGGAAAAACACGUGGAAAUUGAUGGAGAGAAAUGUCUUCAGUCUUGUGCUCCUCCUACUUACCUUGGUACAAAAGUUUCAGUGGAGGAAAUCCGUGCCCGUUUAUUGAAUGCAGAGCAAGCUUUUGUUGACUUUGAUGAAGUUUUGAGAGAAAUUGAAGCAACAGAAGAAGGGCUUCAGCUAAAGCAGGAAGAGUUUAGAUCCCUUGAGCUACUUUCUUCUGAAAUGCAAGAUAAAAAAGCUCUUGUAGAUAAGAAGUUAUCGGCACUGAGAUAUUCUCUAUCUAAUUUUUCUUCAUCGGUUGCUUACUUUGAACAGCGAGAAGUUAGAGCAAAGGCAAGGGUAAAUGCUUCAAUGUCUUAUUUUCGGAAAAAGAAAGAGGAGUUGGCUUGUCUUCAAGUUUGCAAAGAAGAUACUGAGGCUAACCUGGGAAGGAUCCAACAAUCUGAAAUUGAAUUGAGAAACAUCCUAGCAGUUUUGAAAUCCAAACUCGAGGAGAAGAAUCAGAGACAGGAGAGUGAAAAGGUUCUUUUUGCCAUUGAUAACAUCGAGAAAGUAGACACGUCACAGAGAAAUUGGCAAUUAGGUGGGAAAGCUACAGAGCUACUGAAGUCCGAGGAAGAGAAAACCAAGCUACAAAGUGAGAUGAAGUUGUCCCGAGAAAAGCUUGGUCUUGUAAAAAGAGAAUAUGAGGAUUUGAGUAAAAGAUUGGAUAAGAUAGAGAGUGAAAUACAAGUUGUUCAGAUGGAUAUACAAAAGGGAUCAAAAUCCGUGGAGGAAUUGGAACUUGCACUUCAAACUGUAACCCAGGAGAAGGAAACUCUCCUAGAAAUCACCGAGAAUGGAAUGUCUGAAAUUCAGAGUAUGAUAAUUGAAUACCAGCAAUGUGUCUUUGAUACAGAUCUCAAGGAGGCAGAGUUGAAUACACUGGAAGAAGAAUUACAGCUGGAGACCAGAAGAAUCGAAGAGUUAAGAAAAGUGCAGGCAGCGGCCUCUGAGAAGAUGACCAGGCUGUUGCAAAACACAAGCUCCCAUUCUUGCUUUGCUGAGAAGAUGGAAGAAUAGCUGCAAUGCGUUCAGGUAUCUUGUCAACCUGUAGUUAGAUAACACUUGCACAGUAUCACAUCGUGUGGCCUGAUGCAUCUUUUAUUAGCUAACAGCUACUUUGUAGAAGUUUAUUGUUCAUGCUAUCUGAGACAGCUUACCACAUUGA